CUUGACUUGAACACGGAUAUUGGAUCCUUUCGUCGUUGUCGUGCUCCCCCCAGUAUGACCCAACUAGAAUCUACUGAACCCCACCUCUCAGCCACGGAAUUCUUCACGAAUUUCGUCUCACAGCGCAAACCGGCCAUAAUUACUGGCCUUCCAAACGACCCGUCCUUCGCUGCGCAAAAAUGGCCUUCCGAUCUCGACUAUCUGUCAUCAAAAGCGGGUGACACUAAGGUCCUCGUAGAGCCCAUGCACCCGACCACCCAGCAAUUUGGCACGGACGUGCAACGGAUCUCGAUGCCAUUCCGCGACUUCCUCCUGUCGCUCAAAAAUGACAAGGGCCCAUACCAGUAUCUGACGACGCAGUAUUCCGGGGAGGAGUGGGACGCGCUGACCGUCUUCUCACCGCCGACGGGCGCGUUGAGGGAUGAGUUUCCGGAGGUCCCGCGGAUCAUGGGAAACCUGUAUCUGCAGCAGGCAAACCUCUGGCUAGGGAAGUCAAAGGAUGGGACAUCGUCAGGUCUGCACCACGACUUCCACGACAACCUGUACUGUCUGCUGAAAGGACGCAAGCGCUUCGUCCUCUACCCGCCACAGGAGCAUGAAAACCUCUACCCGCACGGCACAGUGCACACCCUACACCAAAAUGGUGUCAUUGCGUAUGACAAGAUGCUUCGCGCAGACGGACUCGAUCAUCGAGUCGCACUCCGUACACGCGUUGCCGUUCUCAAAAGACAACUGGACGCCCUAGAAGUGAGCGGCGCCAAGUCAAAAGGUAAAGGAAAAGCGAAGGCAGCAACGAAAGAGAGGAAGGCCUUGGAGAAGGAGUACCUCAACUUGCGUGAGGAGCUGGAGGAGUUGGCGGAAGACGAGCAGUACGGGUUUCCGCUGGAUGAUGACGAGGAUGGCGUGGAGCGUGUCGAAGACGGCAGCGACCUCGGCUCGCUCGCUGGAGACCUGGAUGGUCAAGACGACUACGAGGCGCUCAUGGGCGAGGACAUGUUGGACGGAGGAUCUGUGAUGGGUGACGGUCAAGCCGGCGAGGCCUCAGAAGACAGUGAAAACCCGGAGGACCCGCCUUCAUUCUCCCGGAUCGCGACCGCGUUCCUACACAAGCAACUUGAUUUGCCCACAACGGCGGUCGCGCCGUCUGACUCCACGCCCGCAGACUUCCUAAACCUCGCCAAGGCGAGUCCUCCGUACGUCGUCGAACUUUCCGCAGGGCAGAUGUUGUAUCUCCCGGCCUCGUGGUGGCACGAAGUCACGUCAUCGUCGGAUGGCGAGGAGGACGUGCAUAUGGCGCUGAACUGGUGGUUCUAUCCGCCAGACGCGGAUAGCUUCGAGGAGCCAUACGCGGACAAGGUCGUCUGGGAUCAUCUCAGAGAGACUGGGCGGAAGCACGAGAAGGAGCUGGAUUCAGCGAGCAAUGAAGGAAAGAGAAAGCGCGAGGAUGGCCAUGAGUCACCGGCGAAAAAGCCGAAGAAGUAGGUCUAUGGCCGUAAACCUCUUCUCCCUUUGUAUGUCUGCUCGGAUGUCUUACUACCUGCAGACGUAUUCAUUUUGAUGCCGUUCCAGAGUCGUCCUUCUUCUGCAGUUCAUGUGCUCUCUAAUACAUCUAGCAUCUGUGUUUUCGUCGGAGACGUGCUUGAGUGCAUACAGAGGCGAGGGUGACGCGGGCGACACCGCCGGUGUAACUCGCAAUGUGGCGAACA